AUGGCCUUUGCACCCAUGGGGCCUGAGGCCUCGUUCUUCGCGGUUGUGGACCGGCACAAGGCUUCCCUGCUGGCCACCCUGAGCAGAGGCGGUGGGGAGCCGGCGGGCGGGGGGACGCGCCUGGCCUCGAGUUCUGAGGUUCUUGCAUCUAUAGAAAGUGUUAUCCAAGACAUCAUCACAAGUGUGGCAAGGAAUGAAGCACCUGCAUUCGCAAUAGACAACAGAUCAAGCUGGGAAAAUAUAAAGUUUGAAGAUUCUGUGGGUCUUCAGAUGGUAUCUCAUUGUACCACGAGAAAAAUCAAAAGUGAUUCACCAAAAUCAGUUAAAAAUUUUGCCCUAAUUCUUAAAAUAUUGUCCAUGAUUUAUAAAUUAGUACAGAGCAACACUUAUGCAACCAAAAGAGACAUAUAUUAUACUGACAGCCAACUCUUUGGUAACCAGACUGUCGUGGACAAUAUUAUCAAUGACAUUUCUUGUAUGUUAAAAGUGCCGAGGAUGAGUCUACAUAUAUUAUCUACAUCGAAAGGUUUAAUUGCUGGCAAUUUAAGGUAUAUGGAGGAAGACGGCACCAGAGUGCACUGUACCUGUGGUUCCACAGCCGUUGCUGUGCCAUCUAAUAUUCAAGGAAUUCAAAAUUUAAUUACAGAUGCGAAAUUUCUAUUAAUUGUAGAAAAAGACGCGACAUUUCAGCGACUCCUGGAUGACAACUUUUGCAACAGAAUGUCCCCUUGCAUCAUGGUUACGGGAAAGGGGGUACCUGAUCUGAACACAAGACUUUUGGUCAAGAAGCUAUGGGAUACAUUUCACAUUCCUGUUUUCGCUCUUGUCGAUGCCGAUCCGCAUGGCAUAGAAAUAAUGUGCAUCUACAAAUAUGGAUCUAAGGCAAUGUCUUUUGAGGCCCAUAAUCUCACAGUUCCAGCUAUUAGAUGGCUUGGUCUCCUCCCUUCCGAUAUUAAACGGUUAAAUAUACCUAGAGAUACUUUAAUUCCACUGACAAAACGGGACCAGAUGAAACUUGACAGUGUCCUGAAAAGACCUUAUAUUACUUGCCAACCAUUUUGGAGAAAAGAAAUGGAAAUAAUGGCAGACUCUAAAGUGAAGGCAGAAAUUCAAGCUUUGACCUUCCUGUCAUCAGAUUAUCUUUCCAGAGUGUACCUACCUAACAAAUUAAAAUUUGGAGGGUGGAUAUAAAAAUGUAUCAGAAUAGAUCUUGUGAUUGCAAGAGGUUUUUCAUUGGUUUUAUUUUCAGUAGUAGAUACUGUCAUGGAAAGAACAUAUAUUCUUAAUUCUGUAGAGGUAAAAUAAUUUUCCACUAAUCAUAUUAUUUGCCAAAACAAUUUUCUUUAGAAGACUUUAUCCUUCUCUGUGGAGACUGAGUUCUAUCCUAUGUUCUAAAGUAACUUAUAAAAGAGUAUACAUUAUUUUGACUUCUAAAUUUUAUUUGAAAAAAUAUUGUAAAAAUGCCGUCAAAGUCUGCAAAAAUAUUUAAUUUCUACAAUAUAACUAAUGUUAAGGCAUGAAGCAUCUUUUAGUAUCAAAACUAAUAAUAACCUAAAUUUGAGAAGUUGCAAAUGAAUUAGAGUGUCUAGCAUUUCCUUUUUAGUUGCUUUCUUUUUUGCUUUCAUGGUGUAGGGGUCACACCCCAUUCAUUCACUUGUGAAAGUAGUAAAAUUUAUUAUGAAUAAAUAUUUGGGUUGAUGCAGUC